GAUGUUUCCACCCGGUCACUUGUACUCUAGCAAAGAAAGUGCCUUUCGCAGAUGGUACAACCCCCCCGGUUUUCUGAGGCUAUUCCAUCAACCCCAUAUGGUCCAAUUGUAUUAAGGGAUGCCCUUGAAAAUGCUGUCAUUAAGAUGCUAAUGACUGAUGUGCCUUUUGGAGUUCUUCUUUCUGGAGGACUAGACUCAUCCUUAGUGGCUUCCAUCGCCGCCCGUCACUUGACCGGCACAAAGGGUGCAAAGCAAUGGGGCACUCAACUCCAUUCCUUCUGCGUUGGCCUUGAGGGUUCACCGGAUUUGAAGGCUGGAAAAGAAGUUGCGGACUAUUUGGGUACUGUUCACCACGAGUUUCAUUUCAGUGUUCAGGAUGGCAUUGAUGCCAUUGAAGAUGUCAUUUACCACACUGAAACAUAUGACAUGACGACAAUCAGGUCAAGCACCCCUAUGUUCCUCAUGUCACGUAAAAUCAAGGCGUUGGGAGUGAAGACGAUCUUGUGUGGUGAUGGCUCUGAUGAGGUUUUCGGUGGGUAUUUGUACUUCCUCAAGGCACCCAAGAAAGAAGAGUUCCACCGUGAGACUUGUCGCAAGGUAUUAAAUCUUCAUUUCAAUUAACAGGAGUAAUUUUGCAAAAAUGACUUGGUGGAAAAUCUAUGGUAUAGGAGAUGGUGCAAAAUACCCUUAAAUCAUAUACGUCAAACUGCCUCUCAUAUGUAAGGAAAAAGUGAGAAGGUUCUUGUUUACUGAUAAAAGCUCUCCAUCAAUAUGGUUGCUUGAGGGCUAACAAAGCAACAUCUGCUUGGGGACUGGAAGCUCGGGUUCCCUUCCUGGAUAAAGAAUUUAUCAAUGUUGCUAUGAGCAUCGACCCUGAGUGGAAGAUGGUAAAGGAACUUUAAGGGCUAAUCCAGAAGUGGGUUCUGAGGAGGGCCUUUGACGAUGAAGAAAAUCCUUAU